GAUUAGGUUUGUUUAUUGUUUUGAUUCAGAUAUUCUCUCGACUACAGAAGUGAUUACCUAUUAGAAUUAUAAUAUAUGUUCUUUGAUGCCAAUAAUGUCUGGGAAGAAAUGUCUUGGAAGCCAGGCCAAAGAAGUUGUUGCUAGGGUAUAUCACCAUAUAAAAAAAGAAAAGUUUAAUGGUGUUCUAAAUCUUACCAAUGCGAUGUGGCGAACUGUACAAGCAACAGGUUAUAGUGAAUGUAUUAUAAACAGUAUAUUAAAAGAAAUUGAAGAACAACAUGAUGCAUGCAAAUCUGCAGAUGGCGCAGAGGAAACCAAAAUUAAGACAAGCACAUUGACAGAAACAGCAGAGGAAACUAAAAUGGCACCAACAAAUGAUAUAACUGGACAGACUAAAGUAAUAAUUGCUAGGGUCUACCAACAUAUGAAAAAAGAGGCAGAAAUAGUAAAGCUUAUUGAUCCUAAGAGCCCUAGCCGGCGAGCUGCAAAAGCUACUGGGUACAGUCAACGAACAAUAUUCAAAGUUCUAAAAGAAGAACAACAAGCUUGGUCAAAAGCAUCAACAUAUAGUGACACAAAACCAAUAUUUAAGCCACCAACUAAAAGAAGACGCAUUUGCCCAAAAUCAACAUUGGAUAACUAUGACCUGUCUUUACUUCGACAAACAAUUAUUUCAUAUCUGACAAAAAAUAACAAAUUGCCUACAUUAAAACAACUGCUGGAAAAUGUAACAAAAAAAAUUGAUUACAAAGGCUGCAAAGAAUCUUUUCGAAAAAUUGUGUAUGAUGCAGGUUUUGAAUGGUCUGGUCCAGAUAAUCACAAAGUACUUGUUGAAAGGCAUGAUGUUCAAAUGUUUCGAUUUAGAUAUCUAAAACAACUGCAAAAAUAUCGCAAUGAAGGUAGAUACAUAGUUUUUACUGACAAUUACUGCGUUGACGCGACAUCCAUGCAGAAGAAAUUGAAAAACGAAAAUGGAAAAGCACAGAAAAGGUCAAAAGGAAUUCGGGUCAUAAUUAUUCAUGCGGGAGGAUCUCAAGGUUUUGUUCAAAAUGCCUGCUUAAUAUAUGAAGCGAAUCCAAAAACUGAUGAAAGUGUGAAUUUCAAGAAAUAUAAGAAAUGGCUUACAAACCAACUACUGCCUAAUUUGCCAGAUAAUGCUGUUAUUGUCAUGACUAAUGAAAAUUGUGUAUUUGAAAAUUGUCCUAAUCCUAAUUCUACUAAAAGCUUUAUGCAUGCAUGGUUGACCGAACAAAAUAUUGACUAUGAGGAAACAAUGAAUAAAGUAGAACUGUAUGAUUUAGUAUUGAAAGGCCAAGCGACAUUCAAAAGCCACACCAUUGAAGAACUAGUUAGGUCAAAGGGUUUCCCAGAUCUAAGACUGCCUCCUCAUCACCCUGACCUGAAUCCAAUGGAACAUAUUUGGAGAGCAUUAAAAACAGAUGAAGUUUUAAAUAAUGUUGAGGAAGACUUGACAAGUAAUCUUAAUUUAAUAAAAGAACGCAUUGAAAUGAUUGAUAGAGCGGUGUGGGAAGACGCAUGUCGGCAAGUUAUAGAGGCGGAGAACCAAUACAUUAAAUACUUUGAUAAUAAAGUUUAAAUGGGCUUCCACCAUUGCAAUAUUUCAUACAAAAUGUAUGUUUCUUACAAAGUCAUAGAAGUUAGGAGAAUGUUAACUAGUUUACCAACAUAUAGUUUAUACUAACGUGUUAUUUUGACAACUAUUUAAUAGUUCAAUAUUUGCCAUUUGUUGUUAAAUAUAGUUUAGAAUUUUGUAUUCCGCCUUUAAGUCGAAAAAUGUAAACGCAUCUUUUGUGGUCAGUACUGGCCCGGGAGUUUUUUUUUUUCUAUGGCUUUUACUCCUGCCCUGCACAGGGUGAAUUCGCCAGUGUCGGAACGUGCAUUAUGAUAUCGGUUUACAUGAGGCCAAUAUAGACAAAGUAAACUCUAUGAGUCGUUAUUUAUUUUUAUAGGUUUAUCCCUUCAUAUGUCUUUUAUCACCUAAUUGCUGUUGAAUUGAUUUUCGGUCCACACAGAGCGAAGCGAGGCAGGCCACGAAGCAAUGUGCUCACGCGCCAAGCGUGCUAAGUAGAAAAGUCUCGGCCGAGGCAUGCGCGCGUUUUCCGCGGCCGAGCAUCCUGCCUCAGCCGAGGCACGUCUACAUUGGACGUUUGCCGUGUGAUCACGUUGCCUCCCUCUGUGUGGACCCGGCUAAUUAGUAACUCUAACUGUUGGCCAAAUUGACCACGUGACCGCCCCUGGGCUGGGCACACAUAUUGCCACUUACUUUGUUUGGGGAAAAAGGGUUAUACAAAAACACGAGUUAGUUUAUUCAUACAAUAUAAUCUUACUAUAAUAAAAUUCAGGAAAACAUUAUCAUACAUGAAUAAAUACAAUAUUAAUAAUAGAACAAUGAACUUUCUUUCCACAAGUUUAUAUUAAAGAUGUAUUAUUACGAAAGAAAUGAACAUAUAACAAUUGCUAUUAUUAUUAUCAUAAUGUGAUAGGAAUGAUUUGAAUGAAUCACUUUAACAUCAAUGAUUUAUUUGCAAUUCGCAUUAUACAAUAUGUAAGCAUUCUGUAUCUGAAAAACAUUGAUAGUCUUAUUUAAUACAUUAAGCUGAUUUGUCUCUGUGACUGCAUGCUUUUGAGAUACAGAACGAAUUACAAAUGAAUGCAAUCUACGUAUUCUAAUAAUAAUAAGGCAUUUCUGGGGUCAUUCCGCGUAAAACUGGGUAAAAUAUGAAUCUCUCGAAAUAAUAAUGUGUAUACAAAAUGUAACAUACAUAAAAUGCUAAGGUUCCCCAGAGUGCCUCGCGGCCCGACAUAUGUGAGCCCUACCGGCGAAUACCGCGACAGUGACCAACAUAUAAGUCGACACAGUUUGCGCUAAUAUUCGCCAGCAGCAGCUAAGUGGCGGCUAUUUCAUAAGAGAUAUAUUUCACUUAUCUAGCGAAGGCAUCAUUCCUAGUGCGAUACGGACGCAACUAAAGCGUGUUGUGUAAACCUCGCACACGGUUCAACAUUUUACUCAAAAAUAACAUCGUACCACUAAUUUCGCCUAAACUAAACCUAAACGUAUCUAGAAAUUAUGAAACCGUUACGAUAUUCGUAACCUCUUUUCCUGUAACCGACCGGUUCUGGCCGAGUCUAAACGUGAGAAAGCAUUAUAUACAUACAAACGCGGUCAACUCCCGAAAUAUAGUGUUUUUGUACAUUAUCGAAGAUAAAUUUCGUGCAUACUAUUCGUUGGUAUCUGGUUAUAAUAUGAUUUAAGUAUUAUUAUUGCACUAUUUUAUAUAAUUAUUGUUCGAUUGAUAUUUUUUAGAUCUGUUUAUUUAAUAUGAACAUUUCCACUAUGAGUCUUUUCAGUAAUAUAAAAAUAAUAAAUGAAAACUAACAUACAAUUUGAUAAUAUUGAUAACAUU